AUGGAAGAUUCAGAGGAGGAGGAGGAUGGCGAAGAAUACGAAGACCAGCUCGAAGAUGAAAUUGCAGAAGAUGAAGAGCAAAUGGGACGAGUAGAAGAUGCUGAUUGGGAGCUUGCACGUGGAGAUUUCACAAAGAUGUUCAAUCGAUCAAGACAAUUGGCACAAAUUGCAGGUCAGUCAUCUUCGAAUGCAUCUGGAUCCAAUGUCCCAUUACCGGCUAUGAAUCGAGCAAGAAGGACGAAGGCAAAACCAUCACGCACGCCUGCGAAAGCUCAAGAUGAAGAAGGAAAACAGGCUGAUGAUAUUAACACAAACACAAAUCGCACACCCGCUGACAAGAUAGAGGAACAACUAUCAAGUCUGCGGCAGAAGUUCGGCGCUCAAAUGCGUAUUGAUGAUACGUAUGAUCCCAGUGCGAUCACAGGUGGUGCAUUGAGUGCAAACGUACCGCGAAAAGGGAAUACUGGCAUGGGAGAAAAACGUGUUCGUGAUAAAAGUGAUAGAUCAACCGUACAACAAGUUCUUGAUCCACGCACGAUGGUGAUCUUGUUCAAGAUGUUGCAACGUGGAUUAUUGAAAGAGAUUAAUGGAGUCAUUAGUACGGGAAAAGAAGCAAAUGUUUAUCAUGCAAGCACGUACAAAUAUGUCACUACAGGAGAAAUGGUAGCAAAUGGCGAAACUCAUUCGGACGAAGAAGGACUGCCUCUAGCUCUAAAGAUUUACAAGACUACCAUCUUGGUAUUCAAAGAUCGUGAUCGUUACAUCACAGGAGAGUUCCGAUUCAGGCAUGGAUACGCUCGUCAUAAUCCCAGAAAGAUGGUCAAAUUAUGGGCCGAAAAGGAAGCCAGAAAUUUGAAGAGAUUGGUGGGAGCUGGUAUUCGUUGCCCUAGGCCGAUCGAAUUGCGCGAUCACGUAUUGGUGAUGGAAUUCUUGGAAGAUGGAACAGGAAGAAACAGUCCUCGCUUAAGGGACGCAGAAAAGCUAAUCGACGAAAGACGACAAGCAGGCGAAGGAAUGAUUUGGGAAAAUUUGUAUGUGGAAAUGAUGGUGGCCAUGCGUGUGAUGUAUCAUCAGUGUCAUUUGGUUCAUGCAGACUUGAGCGAGUAUAACAUCUUAUAUCACAAAGAACAUCUUUACAUCAUUGAUGUUUCUCAAUCGGUCGAACAUGAUCAUCCGUACGCUUUCGACUUUUUACGUGCGGAUAUUGCACAUGUUGACGAAUACUUUGCAAAAAGGGGAGGUGUUCAAACUUUGGGUGUUAGGAAGACUUUUGAAUGGAUCGUUCGCACGCCGGCUAGGACAGAGGGACAAGAAGAAAGUGCUGGCAAGAGCAAUACUGAUGAUUCGACAGCUAUUGUUUCACAAACCGGAAAAGAAGCUCCACUUAACACACUUGCAACUCUUGCCAGUGGUCCAUUCAGCAAGUUCGAGUACAUUACACGUGGACCAGGCGAAAGUGAUGAAGAGCUUUCCGAGGGAGUUCGCAAUAUGAUGAUGAAUGCACAAGAAGAAGCAGAAUCAGGCAAGACUACCAACGAAACUUUCGACGAUGCUGUGUUUAGACAAGCUUAUAUUCCGCAAAAUUUGAAUGAAGUUUUUGAUCCUGAACGUGAUAUCGAACAACGCAAUGAGGGACAUGCCAACGGACUCAUUUAUGCAAAUGUCAUCGGCGUUGAUGGUCGGUCAAAAGAGCAAAACUCAACGGAGAACCCUGCUGGAGAGGAAGAUGGAUCGGACAGUGAUGAUUCUGAUGAAGAGGAAGACAGCGACAGUGAAGAAGGCGCAGAAGACGGACAAACGAAAAAGACGCCAAGAGGACAUCGUCACGAAGAUCGAGAUGCAAAGAAGGAACGUAAAAAGCAAGUUAAAGAAGCCGCUCGUGAAAAGCGAAAGACAAAGAUGCCAAAAGCGGAAAAGAAGAGACGUAUGCGCACCAGCAAGAAGUGA